AUGGAGAUAUAUACCUUUGACAAGAGUCUUCAAGAGAGACUAGUUGAAUUAGCCGAAAUUUUAUCCAGCAGAGAUAAAAUUGUCCCUGCAUCACAAAUUCAGGCAGAAUGGUCUUUUCAUGUAGAGCUUGUAUUAGAACCUGUUGGCUGGCAAGCAUUAUGGAGAAUACCACGUUUAGUCUGUGAAAAUUUUCAAAUUCAUUAUCCUACUAUAGUAGUUGUAGAAGUUGAGCAAGUUGAUUUCUCUGAUCUAUCUGCAUUGGUAAAAAUUACUGCAGUUCAAGAAGAAAUUCAAUUACCCGAUAAAUAUGAUGUACCACUCAUUGAGCUUUAUCCAACUCAUAAUCAAGAAAAUAAUGUUUUAGACAUGGUGGGUACUGCAAGUUGUAUUGAUCAGCUAAGGUUUUUUUAUAAUUAUUUAUGGAUGCCAUGGGACUUAGAUGAUGAUGAUAAUAUUGAUUGGGUGUCUGUACAUUUGGAAACAAGGAUCAGAUUGUUUUUUGAUAUGAAGAGGGGUAUUAUUAGUAAUGAAACUAGUGAUAUUAUUAGAAGUUUGGUAAGAGAGGGAAGAGAAAUCCAACAAAAGAUAUCAAGAUUGGAGGAUACUAUUUCUGAAGGAGAAGAAUCACACACGGAUAUAGUAGAUGGAGGAACAGCAUGCCAAUUGAUGAAACUUCAUUUUCGAUUACAAGAAAUUAAAAGAGAGAUGGAAGUUCUUGAAAAUCCAGCUAUGAGAGAAAUUCUUGUUAUGAAUCAAACUUCAUCUUUAAAUAAUGAUAAAAUAGAAAAGAAGGAAAGUAAAGUAAGAUGUAAAGCAGGCCAUUUUGUAUGGCUUGGUGGUACUCUAGAAGAAAUGAAAGAAACUAUAAAUAGAGUUCAAGCUUCUUUACCUGCAGAAUUGUUUCUUAAAAUAUCUGGAUCUCUGUUGGAAACUCUACAUGUAUGCGAUGCAGGAGAUAUUGUUGUAGUUGGGAAAGGAACUCAUCAAAUAAAGGGUACUGGUAGUUUAGAAGAUGGAGGUACAAUCAGAGGAAUUUAUAGUUCAGAGCAUACUAUUCUUAAUACGAAAGACACUGAGAGUGCAACAUCAUUGCUUGACUUUUCUGGUAAUGAAGUUUUAUUAGAAAAUGUUACUGUUGAUGUGGGUGAUCUCAGAGCAGCUGUAAUAGUGAGAGCUGGAGCCACAGUAAUACUUAAUUGUAAAAUAUGUGCUUUAAAUCACAGUAUGGUGAAAUUAGGAGUUGUAGUUCUACCUGGUGCAAAACUAAUAAUAGAAAAUACAGCUUUUGAAAACCUUGGUACUGGAUUGGUUAUUUAUACCAAAGGAGACGUAUUUAUGCAUAAUUGCAGCUUCAAAAACUGUGCAGAGGGUAUACAAUUUUGCGGCGAUGGAAAAUUAUCAAUUAAAAAUUGUUUUUUGGGUUAUUUUAAAGAAUAUGCUAUUCGAUUAGAAACGCAAAAAUAUUUAAAUGAUUCAAAACCUAAAUGUGGUGGUAUCGAACUAUUAGAAAAUGUAUCUGAAAUUUCUUUAGAAGAAUGUAAAUUUGAAGGUAAUGGUAAAGGAGAUGUCAUGCUAAAAUUAUGGAAACCAUUAGUUUCGAAGAUGCAGAAUGAAUAA